GAGAUUGAUUUUUUUUUUUUUAAGCUAAUUUUUUCUAUCAGUUAAGAAUUUUUUUAAUGUAAAUGGAAAAAUUAGAAACACUGUCUGAAGGAAAUCUUCAUGUGGAAAAAAAUCUUUGCUACUCAGUUUCUGCCAGAAAAAUAAGGAAAAAACUGCUAGAGAAUUUGCAUUUAAUAACACUUCUGAAGAAUAGAGGCUCCAAGAAAAACAUCGCUUAUUUUUUCCAUAGUGUACUUAAUACACAUUAUAAUGUAUCCAACAAGAAUUAGUAACAAACUGAAAAACAAAAGAAAGGGCAAGGAAGAAGAAAGUCAAGAAAUGUCUACCAAUCUAAAAUACCUUUCCUUGGGCAUCCUGGUUUUCCAGACCACGAGUUUAGUCUUGACCAUGCGUUAUUCUCGGACACUGAAAGAAGAAGGGCCUCGUUACUUAUCCUCUACUGCAGUAGUUAUUGCUGAACUACUGAAGAUUUUGGCCUGUGUUCUAUUGGUCUACAAAGACAGCAAGUGCAAUUUACGGACUCUGAACAGAGUGCUACACGACGAAAUCCUUAAUAAACCCAUGGAAACUCUUAAACUUGCUAUUCCGUCAGGAAUUUAUACUCUUCAGAACAACUUGCUGUAUGUAGCAUUGUCAAACCUAGACGCAGCCACAUACCAGGUUACGUAUCAACUGAAAAUUCUUACCACAGCAUUGUUUUCUGUGUCCAUGUUGAGCAAGAAGUUGGGUGUAUACCAGUGGCUGUCAUUAGUACUACUGAUGACAGGAGUGGCGUUUGUGCAGUGGCCUUCAGACUCUCAAGCGACAGCUGCUAAGGAACAUUCAGCAGGAUCUCAGUUUGUAGGCCUGAUCGCAGUUCUUAUAGCGUGCUUUUCUAGCGGAUUUGCUGGGGUUUAUUUUGAAAAAAUAUUAAAGGAAACGAAGCAGUCUGUGUGGAUCAGAAACAUUCAGCUUGGAUUUUUUGGUAGCAUAUUCGGACUGAUGGGUGUGUACAUUUAUGAUGGAGAACAACUGUCAAAGAAUGGAUUUUUCCAAGGAUACAAUAAACUGACUUGGAUAGUUGUUGUUUUACAGGCACUUGGAGGGCUGGUGAUUGCUGCCGUUAUAAAAUACGCGGACAACAUUUUAAAGGGAUUUGCAACUUCUCUCUCUAUUAUACUGUCAACAUUGAUCUCCUAUUUCUGGCUGCAAGAUUUCGUCCCUACAAGUGUCUUUUUCUUCGGAGCCGUCCUUGUAAUAGCAGCUACUUUCCUAUACGGUUAUGAUCCCAAACCUGCAGGAAACCCCAUUAAGGCAUAGCAGACUUCCUCAACGACCUGCUUCUCAAGACCACACGUUGGGGGCCUCGCUAACAGCGGUGUGUGGGAAGCGUCACUCUGCACUGCGAGGAAAGGAUUGCUGCCAGAACCUAUUGGAGAAAUGCUUAUGAGUAGUUUUGAACAGCCGGAGGGGUUAAAGGUGGAUGAUGAUACUGUCUGAAAGUGAUGAACAAAAAAAAUAAUGGCAAGGGAAGGCCCGGUGCACCUUGCUAAUAAAAACUUGAAAGGAACAAAAAGUUUCCAAGAAACUGCAAUUUGGAAUGUUUACAGCUUUGACUGGGAUUGCAUCAAAAGAAUUUACUGUAUUGACUGCUGCAGAAAUACGUCCUAUGCACUCUUUGAAAGAGCACACGUCAGAUUGUACGUUUUUGCAAUUUGACUCUAUUUAAUCUCGGUAAAUGUUUUUAACUGUCUAUUUACAUGGAAUCGGCUGAAUACACACAUCAUAGUUCUAAAGUGAUGGUUCUGAUUAGAUAUUCCUUAUUAAAACUGUGAAGAUUGAAGUAUGAUCGAAAGACACUUUCACAAUGUCAAAUAUUUUUAUAUUUUUAGAAGGGCGAUUUAAUAACAGAAAUCUGUGUUCUGUUGCUUAUAUAAAACUAUUGUAAGAAUGUUAACAUUCUCACCUAAGUACACAAAGGGAGAAAUUCAGAGCUGGAGAGCUGUGUUGAUGCGCCAGCCUUCGUCAGGAUAGCCUGUAGUGUUCCGACAGAGGCGAUAACUCUGGGAACGGAGGCCAGAGGUUGCGGCACUACCCUGGCACUAAGAGGAGGGUUGUGAUGGAGUGCUUGCUCAGAUGUGUAACGUGCAUUCUUUUCAUUUUUAUUGAUUAUAAAUCAACUUGUUGGUAGAACCUUUGAAGUAGUUUUUGUGCUUUAAAUAUCCUCUGGGGAUUUUUUAAUCACAAUUUUAAAAAAGCCCAUAAUAAACAUUUUAAAUGCAUUAUUGUCUGUAAGAGCUCCAGCUGGAGCUAUUAUGGUAUAUCAUCUGUACACUGUACUGUACUUUAUUACAGAGGUGUUUUUUUUAAACAAGUGUUGUUUACUCAUGAACUCUCCAAGGCGCUUUCGGUCCGAUUCUCUGUAAUGGCUUGAUUAGAGAUUUUUCCAUUAUUAUCACCAUUAUUAUUACUACUUUGUUCUGGGAGUCCUUGAGCCAACAGACGAAACUGGGUUCUCUGGAGGUAUUCAGUCUACUAGUGGAAUUACUUUAGUAGGAAACAUAAUGAAAAAGUUAUUAAUUGUGCAAUAGGUAAAUAUAAAAGCAUGCUCUUCUGUUUUAAACCAAAAAGAAACUUCACAAAGAAACCUAGAUGCAGUUAGGAGUUAGCUCAGUUAGACUGUUACGGGCACUUCACUUGUUGGAGUAUUAGCAUAUAGCCAGAAACGACAAAAAAGAAAAAAAGCAGAAUUAAGAAACAAAAAUGCUGUCUUAAAUAUCACUUGUUUUCAGGAAACCUGUUCACAGUGGAUAUUCAUGUAGAGUGACUUCGUAUCCACAUUACACUGGUGAAGGUACAGACAAAGACGUGUCAAUAGUCUCUUACCUGUAGAAUGGCAAGAGGUUAAAAUGUACGAUUUCCUUUUUUCCCCCCCUCAAGCUCUUUUUUUUCCAAUUCUGUCUUGUGCUAAUGAACACGUUGAGAAGAGAGAGGCGUUUUAAACUGUUUACCGAAGUACCUCAUCCUCUUUUCCACCUUUCAGUGGUGGAUUGACAAGGAGAUCCUGUGAGAGUGCUCUGAGAAUUUUAAUGAAGCAUUGUAAAUGGGAAAGGAAAAAUUCCAUUUACGUCAGCCACGUAAAAAUCGUGUUUUCCUUCUGUUGGCAAUGACAUGGAUUAUCAACUUUUCAUUUGUUUAUCGUAGAAGGGCAAGACAUCAAAGAAAUUUCGGAGUUAUGCCAAGGGCUUGAUAAGCUUUGUGAACUGUGAAUCUAUCCCAGCACGCCGUAAUUGCGGGAGCUCUGCUACUUGGUAGUCAAAAUUAUCACGUAUUACCCUAAGUUGGCAUUCUGUGUUAAUAUUAAAUCUUUUGCCUACAACACUCAGUGUGGCAAAAUCUUUGAAAAAUUUUGCCUCUGAAAUACAGCAUGAGGUAAGACGCAUAGAACAGUGGCUCGCGGCGUGGCUCUGAAAGGAGCUGAGAAGCGUUGGUAGUGAUAUCUGGGAUGGAGUUUGGCCUACAUGAUAGUGCUUUUAAUUUCAUGAAUCUCAGUGGUGGAAACGUUCAGGUGAUGUUGUAAUUGGUUACUGCCUUGAAGAAUUUCUCCAGAAAACAUAAGAAGCGGGUUGAGAACACUUUAACGCCAGUUGCACAGGAAGGGACCAAACAGACCAAAUAAUCAGCAGGUUGCUGGAGUUCUGUUACAUAUAACCCAGUUUAAUUUUCCAGGUGCACCCGUCAGUAUUUGGUAAUACUGAUGGGUUUAAAGGCAAGAACAGGAAUGGGUGCUCGAAGCUUUUGAAUAGGGCGCCGUACAGCUUUGGAGAACGAUGUAGCUACCGCACUAAGGCACAGUAACUGCUCUGUAGAUCGGUGGCUCUUCCAUCCUUUUGAUUUGCAGUUCCGUUAAAUUUUCCAGUAGAGGGGUAGAUCUCUUCAUACGCUGUUGCUGUGAAGGAAAUACGAAUUUGCAUUUUUAGCUCUCUUUCCUUUACAGGCUAACGAAGGACUCUGGCCUGAGACCCUCCAGGUUGAAAAGCGUAAUUGUAGGCAGAGGGAGGAUGGCGUGUGUUUCUUGAGAACAGGAAGGGCUCGAGGAGGGCUUACUGGUUUCUGUAACACUUGCAAUCUCAGAGCAUAUGCACGUUUUCUCAUUGAGAUACUUUUGUAUCUGGAUUUUAAAAUUAAAAACAGACAACAAAAAAAAGGAGGCAGGUUAAGUCUAUAACUCAUUAACUAACCAAAGAAGCAUAGCUAGCACAGAGCACGGGGAAGUAGGGAGUAGUGUGCUUUGAGUUUGUCCUAAAAGCAAUCUAGGAGUCAUAACUUUCCAAAAACAAGGCUGUCUUUCUGAAAUAUUUUUAUGACUUUUAGACUAUGGAUUGGUUAGUUUAGUUGUGUAUCGAAUGAGGCUAACCCAUACUUAGCAGAAUUUUAUUUAAAUAUUUAUAAAGUUUUAGCUAGGUAUUUAUUUGCAAUAACUUGAAUUAUGUGGGGUUUUUUAAAGAUUUGCAUAAUGGGAGUAUUUAUUGAAUACUUGGAUAUUUGGUAGUUUUAUUUGAGAGUCUCUGGGAUACGAGAUAAAUGGUCAAAUAACAAUGAUCUUAGAACUAUCUUCAGAGCACAAUGAAUCAGCCGUUCAGUGGCCCAAAAUCUUGAGUCUAAUAAAGUAAGGUAAACUUUUCUUUAAGGUUUGUAUUUCUGUGCUAUCCACAAGUGCCCAAUAAUCUUUUUCUCAAAGAAUUCAGAUAAUUUUAUAGUUCUCUUCAACUUCUUUGUUUUAGACAAACGGUAAGAAAACUUCCCUUUUUGUUUGCUUUAAUAAUAGGUAGAUUAAUGCUCUAGAACCGGCCUCUACAAGAUCACACCUUGGGGUUUUUAAUGUAACUUUUUAGAAACUAUUAUUUUAUUUUUCCUCCAAAAAAAAAAAAUCUUACUUUGGUAGCAUAUGCUUGAGUUUCAGUUACUCGUACAGUCCUCUCACAGCUUUUUAGAAGUACACAAUUGUUUUGUGUUCCUAACUUAUUUUUAUGGCUGUAAUUAAAAAACUGUAAUGAUUUUGUUAAAUUGUUUUAAAAUUGAUAAAUGAAACGUUGCAUUUCUUCUGUUUUUUGUUGUCAGUAACUUUCAUAUUUUAAUAUAUUUCCUUACCGGCCAUGCACGUUCUGUUGUAUUUAAGCAAUCAUCGCUUUCCAAAUCUGAAGUUGUUCAUUUUCCUCCUGUUGACAGUGUGUCUUGCUGGAUAUUGUGAAUGAGGAAGAUAAUUCAUUUUCACCUCUGAAAUCCAUGUUUUGUAAGAAUGAGAUAUUAAAAAAUAUUAAGUGGGUUUUUGUGUACUAGAAAGGUAAUGUUUAUACAUAACAUGGCACUAUACCAUAUACGUGGUAGUGUAUCAUUACCUACGGUGUUCAGCUAUUGUAAGAAAGUCCAAGAAGUGUUUCCUUGCCUUUUUUUUCAUUGUUCCGUUCAUUUUUAAUGCUGAUUAUUUUCCGCAGGAGGUUUCUAAAGAGUUCUGCUCUUUCCAGGUAAGCUCGUUGUGUGCUUUUAGCUAUCUAGAGUUAAGAUAUUUUUACUGGAAAAAAACUGCAGGGGAAAAUGCAGCAAAAUAAGUGGAAUUAAUUAGAUGCUACCUUCUGCUCUGAUUACUAUGAAUCCAAAUUCAGUUGAAUUUGUAACUUUUCUAAUUAUUUCCCACUAGGUGAAUUUAUAACUCUUUCUAGAAGCAAAAAAUCUGUCCUGAGGUGCCGUUCAGUGCUUAUUCUUGAAUAUCUACUGUACAUUUGUAUCCAGGAAUAGACAUGACAUUUUUAAAUCUUGCCUUCAACGUUCCGCCAUCGUUCUGACUAUAAUUAGCCAUAUUAAUUUCAUUAGCAAGUUAUAGCUCAGUAAGAAUUGCUUAUAUGCUAAGCAUAUGUUUAUAUUUGCUGCCAUGAGUAACACUUUUUUUAGAUUUUUAGAAGUUUGUUAUUAUUGUCAAUAUCUUUUAAAUUUAGUUUUAAGUACAUGAGCCCAAAUAUAAAUCAUGUAUUCAAACACUGUAGCAAAAUUUUUAAGGUGGUCUUAGGUUUUUUUUUUCCAUAUGUUGAUGUUGGUAUUUGUGUGUGAUGUCGCUGAAUAUGAUUCCAAUAUAUGGUGUUUCCAGGCAGUUUUGAAACAGGUUAUUUUUUUGGUGUAACACUGCUGAACCGCAGAAUGUGUCUUACAUGACCUAAUAGUCUUUUUUUAAUCCAUACUGAGGUAAAUACUGUAAUUUUUUUUUCCUGUAUGUGUAGAUAAUGCCUCUAUAGUAAUCAACUGGGUAAAAUUAGGCAUCGGCUUUAUUAAGAAUAUGAUAUAAAACUGUUUGAGAGCUUUGUAAAUGGAGAGGCUUGCCUUAUGCAUAUUUUAGCAGAAAUAAAACAAUGUUUUAAUUAACA